CCCCACCUGUUGGAGUUACUUCAGGAGGCCGAUGGGCUCCAAGCUUGGUUCAAGUCCUUACGCCUAGUGCACGUGAAAAGCGAUUUCAACACUGUUGCCGACUACAUCUCCAAGCGAGCCAUCAAGGACCAGUCAUCAUUGGAGGUCAUGGACCCCGCUGAACGCAAGUUGCUCCAAGGCCUGAAUCGGAUCCACGAAAAACCGAUGAAGGAUCCGAGCCCCCGGAAACAGUCGCUGAUGGAGUGCGCGUUUCUAGCCACGGCUCGAAACAUACCCAAGCACUCCCCAAGAGGUUCAGAAGACGACGUGUUCGCGGUGACGCGCUCGAAGUCCAAACAGGUCAAGACCACAGCGGAAUUGGCCCCAGGAACCAGAGCCGACGACUCUGGAACCGACGGUCCCAGAACCAAUGCCCUCGGAACCAACGAGUCGGAAACCGAUGAUACGGAGGACAAGCCGACAGCCGCUCCCCGGCUCCUCGACUGCCAGGCCUCUAACGAAGACCCUGAAGACGUUCGCGCAGAACGAUGGAGGAAGAUUUGCUCUCACCAGGCACACGACCCAGGGCUAGCGCCCUUGCUAAAGUUCCCCCAGGGCGAGACCGAGCAGUUGUCCCUGAGACAAACUACACACUUGUGCACCAGUUUGUACCGUCUCCGCCUGGUAGUACCCUGGGAUCUCCAGGAGGACAUUCUGCACCACUGCCACGUGGACUUCCAAGGUGCUCAUCAGGGGAUUACCCGGCCCUACGAGAGACUGCGCAAGGAGUUCUACUGGAUCGGCAUGUUUAAGGAUACCGAGGGAUACGUCAAAAAGUGCGUUGACUGUGUAACGGCUAAGGGAAUCCGGGACCGUCGCCCGGGAAAUACGGCGCUGCUUCUGUUCCAGUGCGGGUUCUCGGGGCGCAUCAUGUGCAAAGCGAUGGCGAGCACCGAAGGCCGGGACCUGCCUGAAGCCCACGAAGAGUGUGAGUUCCGGAGGUUCGGAGCCAGCGAAAUGAUCCGGCACGACCGAGACCCACGCUUCAUGGGUCGGGUGUUCAAGCACUUUCGGGAGAUCCUCGGGAGCAGGCAACGCGCAACCCUAGUCUACCGUCACCAGGCCAACGGACAACUAGAGAGGUUCAUGCAAACGGUGAUCCGCAGUGUUAAAGCAUACAUACAGAAUGUGGAUCGCGUGACUGGGACGAGCUAG